UCAAAGUGAAAGUGAAAAAAAAACAGAAAUCGAAAAAUUAUAAAAAAAAAAUCUGAAAAAAGAUUUUAUAAAGAAAAAAAAACCGUGCUUUCCACAAAUCGUGUUUUGUAUCAAUUGUUUUUCUAAUGAGUAAAGGCUAGAACAAUUUGAUGUUGGAAUUUCAGUUAAAGAAGACUUCAAAAGUGAAAUUGUUUUGAAAUCACAUUGAAAAUUGGUUCCCACAGCGAUAACAUUCAAAUUGCAUUUCAAUUCAUAGAUAACAUCGUUUGUCGUCCCCAUAACGAGUCGAACGAGUAUUGAAUGCAUAAAUUAUGCACAUCGUUUUGAGUUGUAUGAUUGACUCGAUGCAUCGAUGGCUUAAUUGUAGUCCUGUUCUAUCCAAAUACUCGAAAUAAACAACACUGCGACAACGUAAUUAUACGAGAGUUGCCGAAACAUUGAUUAAUUAACGCAAACGAAGACGAAAGAAAAAAGAUUAGCAAUGGCUGAGAAUGUAAAAGUAAUCGUACGGUGUCGGCCGAUGAACGAAAAAGAACGGAAUAUGAAAUGUAAAAACAUCAUAAAAGUGGCAAAAUGUAUGGUGAGCAUUCAAAAUCCAGCUGAUUUAACGGCUCCAUCAAAAGAAUUUAGAUUUGACAGUGCAUACGAUGCGAAAUCGUCCACCGAAAGUAUUUACAAUGACAUUUGCUAUCCAUUGGUUGAGAAUGUUUUGGAGGGGUACAAUGGCACCGUUUUUGCGUACGGUCAAACGGGUUGUGGAAAAUCGCAUACAAUGCAAGGGCCGGACGUACCAUCUGGCAUUUUAUUAACUAGUGAACAAAUCGCGCAACGCGGUCUCAUAUCACGUUCGUUUGAUCACAUUUUCGAAGCAAUGUCUGUCACAGCGGGAGUUCGAUAUCUUCCGUUAGUCAGCUAUUUGGAAAUUUACAAUGAAAAUAUUCGCGACUUACUGAAUCCAUCCAUUUCAUCGGGAACAUUGGUUUUGAAAGAACAACCAAAUGAAGGGGUAGUCGUUCAACAUUUAUCCACACAUGCCGUUCACUCGGCCGAAGAGUGCGAACAACUAUUGGCAAUUGGCACAAAAAAUCGAAUGGUCGGGGCAACGCUAAUGAAUGCCGGUUCAUCCCGGUCACAUUCGAUUUUUGUCAUAAAUCUUGAACAAAUUACUACGUCGAAUGGUGCGGCGAGUGACGAGGAAAAUGUUGCAAUCAUCAAAAAGGGGAAAUUGAAUUUAGUGGACUUGGCGGGAUCGGAGAGGCAAGCUAAAACCGGUGCAACUGGAGAUCGCUUGAAGGAAGCCACUAAAAUUAAUCUGUCACUAUCGGCACUUGGCAAUGUGAUAUCGGCACUUGUCGAUGGCAAAUCCAAACACAUACCAUACAGGGACUCAAAACUAACACGACUGCUACAGGAUUCAUUGGGCGGCAACACAAAAACAAUUAUGAUUGCGUGCAUUUCACCCGCUGAAUUCAAUUACGAUGAAACAUUGUCUACUUUGAGAUACGCGAGUCGUGCAAAGAAUAUUAGCAAUCGACCUGUGAUUAAUGAAGACCCCAAGGAUGCUAUGCUUCGCGAAUAUCAAGCAGAAAUAUCACAACUUAAGGCACAACUGGCGAAUACUGCCGGAACAAGUGGCAUUGAAUCACCAAUGGACUUGGAAAUGAAGAAAAACAUUGAAGAGGAAAAAGAGAGAUUGGCCAAUUUUUAUGAAGCCGAAACGGAACGUCUGAAAAAUGAACACGAAAGUCAACGCAAAGAGAAAGAGGAACUCAUGAAUGAUAUGGAGAAGCUAAAAAUGCAUUACGAAGAAAAAAUAGCUGCACUGAAUACACAAUCCAACAAACUACCACAAAACAAUGAAGUGAUCAAUAAAAUACAGGCGUUAAAGAGUUCGUUAGUUGGUGGCGAGUGUUCGAAUAAUACACAACUGAAAGAGAAACGGCGACGCAAAAAAUUGGCCGCCGAACAACGAAUGAAUGCGAUUACAAAAGCGCUCGAUAUGUGCGAACACAGCGAGGCUCGUGAUAUUUUACAAGGACAUUAUACAGAUUUUCAGCAAGAGCUAAAAAUGAAAACGGAUGCACUCAAAGCCAUUUCACGGAAGGCUUAUGCUUUAGAAAGAGAAGUAAGUGAUUUACAAUCGGAAUUUCAAUUGGAUCGAACUGAUUAUCUCGAAACGAUUCGAAAAUUGGAGAAAAAUCUAAAAUUCUACCAGCAACUAAUCGAAUUAUCGCUACCGUACCUGAGAAAAAGUGGUCGACUGUGGGAUCCAGAAACAAUAAAACAUGACUCAAUUUGGAAUGAAGACUUGAAUAAAUGGAAAUUACCCGAGGAUUCGAUGUCACGUCUUCGACUACCUCCAGCGGAUAAUUUGAAAACAUUCCGUGAAGCUGAAAAAGAGGAGAUUUUAGAGUCUGAAGUGAAUCAUAAUUUUGAGGCCGAUAUGUAUUUGGAAAAAUUGGAGCAAGACAAUGAGAAGAAAAUGGAGCGAUCAGACAGUAACGACAUUUUAUGUACCUACUUCCGGCCCCGGCGUGCCGCAGAGCUAAUUCAUCAAAAUAAAGUGGCAAAUCUUUGGAAGGAUUAUUCGAAGAAAACCAACAGAACAACGAUAAACAAUUGGAUGACACCAACGGCACUGGCAAACAAUCUAUCGAGCCCAAGUUCUGCGACAUGGCAACCGAUUCCAAAUUCGGCUACCUUGAAAUCGUUACGAAAUCCAAACGGUAAUGUGUACGAACAUGAGAGAAAGAGGUUAGAUGACGUAAUGAAUAAACCAUAUUACGGAAUACGACCGACUUCAAAUGUUCAUCUCAACAACAACAAUUCUUUAGCACCAAAUCCUUGUAACAUGUAUAAACCAAUAAAUUAUCUAAAUUAUUUUAAUGAGACAGGCGACCGAACAUUGCACUCGCUGAGGAAACCAUUUGUACCAUUCCUGCGUGAUGAUGGCGUGUGAUUUCUGUGGCAUUGAAAUGAACUCACCCCUUAAAUUGGCAUGAAAUCAAUGAAAAAAAAAGCUGCAGAAAGUAGUCUCUCUGUUCGGCUGAUCAUUCCCGACUCAAAGCUACAGGACACAUGAAUUUCUUUAAUGAAUUUUGGAAACAUUUUAUUCACCUUUUUACUUACAAGAGUUUAGUAACAAAUCUUUUUAAAAAUCCGAAGUUUUAGCUUUAAAUACCAACUAGACGUGAUUUGUUCGCUUAUAUAUUUUUCUGAUGGAAAGUUGAACAAUGAUUGUUAUAUUUGAAACUGUCUAUCAAUGUUGAUGUUUAAAAUAAUUUAAUAUUUUGGC